GUUGGCUUAGUUGGUAACAUUAAGGCUAACCAAAAACAAUUAUAAGGUAGAUAGAAGUUAACUUCAAACUAAUAUUUCUAGCUAUAUCAAGAUGAGCAACCGUUUGCUUCAAAGUCUACGCAAACUUCUUGAGACUGAGGAAGGAGCUGAUGAACUUUUCAACUCCAAUCAUGGCACUGCAAACUCAUUCAACAACCAUGGCAACGGGAAGCAAGAUUUCUCCCGUGCAAAGAUCAACAGUGGAGCAAACUCCGGUGACCGGAAUAGGUACCACACCGCAAACAACUACGGUGGUCGCACCAUAAAUAAUAGGGGGAGCACUUUCAAUGGUCAUGGUAAUGGUAGCAUUAUUGAUGGUGACUUUAAUGCCUCCACAACAAACUACAACCAUUGAAUUAUGUAUUGAUACAUAUAUGAUGUGUAUAAUAUGAUCAUAUAUCGGACUAUAUAUGGUGUGCUAUCAAUAAUAUGCAAUAGAGCUACACCUCUAAUUGUCUGUA